AUGAGGGGUCGUGGACAGUUGAGUAAAAUGUUUCCUAAUUUCAUUUAUACAGAUGUGUUUGAUCCUAAUGAAUUAUGGCUAGAGACCGAGGGUGGAUUAUCGGACUUCAGAUUCAAUCCGUGUUUAGAGGAGGUUGAGGAGUUUAGAAAAUCGGUCAAUAGCAGUGACCCUUAUGUUCGGAGGCACGGGGCUAUAGGGCCUUUGUAA